ACCAAGAUGGGCUUCAGAAUCUCGUCGUAUACACUCAUCAAGAGUGUGUCGCUGGCACACAUCACAGCGGCAUACCUCCUCCUCUACAAGCCCCAAGUCCUGGCCGAGCAGAACAUUGUGGUUAUUUUGGGCGAGUCGAUGCAAGUGCCCACAGAAAUCACCGCUCUCGCGUCCAUUUUCAUGGCCUUCCUCGGCGUCAGCGACUUGAUCGCAGCCAGUCUUCCCGAACGCUCAUGCCUCGAAUACUGGUCCAACGUCCUGCCUUUCCGUCUCUUCAUGUUGUUUGCCGGCACUGGCUACAUCUACCUCACCAGAGGUGACGACACCACUACUUCGACUCUCCGAGCUCUCAAGGGCGACUCGAACCCGCUCGACCUAGUCAAGAACUCUUUCAUUUUCACCUUCAUGUUCAUGGAGACGCUCCACUGGUUCUGGGUCUUUGUCGCCAUGAAGGAAGAUAGACGCGAAUGGAUGGUCCGUGAGGCGACUGCUCAGCUUCGCGAAGAGGAGGAAAAGAAGUUCAGAAUGUAG